UUAAUGAUCCUGCAAAUGAGUGGGUUUCAGCAUCUUGUGUUUUCUAGUUUCAUUCUUUCACACAUACAUCACAUUGGCAAUUGGCCGGGCACUCUUGGUUGUGUUUGGCAUUGGGUAGGAUUCACCAGCCAAUAAAGACAGAGUCUGAAUGGGAUUUAGAUUAUUGCUGUUAAUUCUAGUGAAGGAAUCAGUACCUUUUGCACUAUAACAGUUGCUUGUAGGAUGUGCAGGAUUCCUGCUGUCUGUUCUUUCAUCAUUGAACCUGUGCCGUCCAGUCAGGAAGCAGAGAAGCCCUUGAAUUAUUUUGGGAUAUUCUUCCUGAUGAGUCCAGAAUCAAUAGCAUUUCGUCAAAAAAGGAGGAUGAAGAAUGCCAGAAACAAGUACAUGAACCCAGGUGCACUUGUGCAGCUCAGUUGCAGCAGGACCACUGCCAGAUCUUGUGCAGAUGUAGGAAUGAAAGGGGUUAUCUUGGAGUCUAAGGAAGAAAUAGAUAAACUACAUCAAAAUGAGGUUAUCCUAGAGAGUAUCCCUACCGUGUCUCCUGUUGGGGUCUACCUUCAGCCUGCAACAGAAGUCAGUAAGCAACAGAAACAGCCUCAAACACCUAAAGCACAGCACGCUGUCGAUUCUGAUGGUCUUUCAAGGCUUGAAUCUCUUCCUAUGGAUCUUCUGGUUAAAAUCCUGUGCUACUUGCAUCAUGAUCAACUAAGAGCUGUUUUCCAUGUUUGUCAGCAAGUUCGAACAGCAGUCCUUUUGGCUAGGAAACAACAUUUUAAUUACACUACUCCAGACAGGUCUAGGCAAGGGAUGCUUAGGAAUAGAACUCCUGUUCCAAGUGAACAUUGGUCAUUUGUAAGGAAGGAAGGGAAGGGUAUGUGGGUAUCAAGCCCACACACUCCAAGAGCUCCGAGACAAGGACCUCGUCCUCCUCGUCUUCACAUAAUGGAUAUGAAACAAAUUUCAGCUGUUCUUUUCCAGGAGUCUACAUUAUCUCCAAGGCGCAUUGCCCCUCCAGGUUUGCCAAGGCCACUUUUCAAGGCUGUGGCUUCUACUAGAGUUCUAAUUUAUGAAGAUGAGCUCUGCCAGGCAGUAGCACAUAAUAAGCUUCGUUAAGGCUUCUAUUGGAAUCUAUUUUCCCAUAUACAUUCUGCCCUUUUCCUUUUCUAUAUGUAUAUGGCUUAGUAUGCAGGUGUGCAGCUUGCAACCACUGCAUCUAAGAAUUAGAGGACAGUUAUGUGGAAAUUAUCACCUCAAAACGACAUUGGGUUGUAUAUAGAUCUUUAUACAAAUAUUACGUGAUCCCGAUUUUGCUUUUCUGUGAAAUAUGCCUUUUCUUCAUAGAUGACAUGGAUUAUGCUUUUGUGCAUCAUUUAGACUAGGAAUCUCUUUCGUUUCUUCCGAGGGAAAUUGAAGUGAGGUUUCAAGAUGUCAUUCC